AUGCCUCAAUUUGCAAAAUUUGUGAAGGAAAUUAAAGAUCAACAUGAUGAUAAGGAAGUAGUAAGUGAGAAAUGCUCUACUCUUUCACGUGAUAGCCUACCACCUAAGCUGCAUGAUCCUGGUAGUUUUACUAUUCCCUGUAUGAUAAACGAAAUAUUUUUUGACAGGGUUUUGUGUGAUUCAGGUGCUAAUGUAAAUUUAAUGCCUUAUUCAUUAUAUGAAAAAUUAGGUUUGCAAAAACUUAAACCUUCCCCUAUUUCUCUUCAAAUGGCUGAUAGGACUGCUAAACUCCCUAAAGGUGUGGUUGAGGAUGUGUUAGUUAAGGUUGGUGAACUUGUUUUUCCUGUUGAUUUUGUUGUUAUGGAUAUGAAAGAAGACCAUAAGAUCCCGAUUAUAUUUGGUCGCCCAUUCCUUACCACAAGUCAAGCUCUAAUAGAUGUUCCUAAAAGACAAGUGACCAUUAGGGCCCAGGAUAAACAAGUAGUGUUUAAGCUCUUUAAUGAACAUAAUUUUAUAUUUGAUGGUGGUACUUGUUUAAGAAUUGAUGCUACUAACCCUUUGGUUGAUAAGUGUGUAUGUGAUAGAAAUCUUGUGAGAAACGAGGACAUUAUUCCACCAAAUGAUGUGUUUAGCUAUAUGAAAGUAAGUUCAGAUACAGAGCAUGUCAAAUAUAAAAUGAAGGAGUCAUUUGGAGGCGGAUAUUUUUAUGGGCAACAUCGCGGAGUUUCUUCUUUGUGUGGUGACCCAGGCUGA